GAUCAUUCUUAUAUAAUUGAAAAUCUAGCGAGAUAUAUUACAAUCAAUUCUUUUUCAGGUUAGUUGAUAAAUGUCAAAAAGGCGAGAAUGGAUGGGAAGACGUUCGAUGGAAAACAUGUGGAUUAAUCAAGAAUUUUUAUACGAUGUGGAGGAGUUCAUUAAAGUCGCAUUUGCAGAUAACUAAGAUAUGGAUUAUCCUGGUAUGGGCAGAGGGGGAGAGAAGCGUCGAGGUACAGGCACUCUGAAAAACCCUGAUUUUGAUAACACAUGGCUUAAUGCUCUUUUGGAGAGUGAUUUAAGUUUCAGGGCUGAAUGGAAUUCAAACAAUGUAGUUUCUUCCAUACCUCUUCAAAAUGAAGAAAACACUUCAAUCGCCCCUUCUACAAAUCACUUGGCACAUGGUAGUAUUGGUGGUUCACAAUCUCCCCUUCCCAUUGGUGAAACAACACAAGGAAUAGAACCUCCAAAACAAAGGGAGGAACAAAGAAAUGAAGAUGAACGAAUGGUUAUUGUCCCCGGGGAUUUUUCAGUGAAUAAAACUGUUCGUGAAGAAGUCAAGCGCAUCAACAAAAGGUUGUUUAACGGAAAGGCCACUAGAUUCUUAGGCAUCCAAAAUGCUCGAGAUAUAUAUUGGGAACAACUUGAGCAACGUUUUAGAUGGGCUCCUGAGCAUCACUCUAAAGCAAGCUACUUGACGGUGAGGUUACAACAAGAAGUUCAUUGGGCACCAAGACAAAGUCUCAAUUACUACAGGAAAUUUCUGCUCAACUUGGUCGUCCAUGUCGCUUUGAUGAGUUAUUGCUACAAAUGUGUACAAAUUCGAAGACAGGCCCGACUAAAAGCCCAAGAGCAACCUGAGCUGCUGCUCAGGGCCCAGGAGAAUAAAAGUGAAGUCGAGCGUCUCAAAGAAGAAUUGGAGGAGAAAGAUGCAACAAUGAAAGCGGAAAUAGACAAAUUACAAAAAGAACUCGACAAGACAAAAGGGCUUCAACAGAAAGAAAGAAAACGUCGUCGUGAGGUGGUUCAAGAGCUAAAAGAUUUUAAGAACAGUCGCCAAUGGAUCUAGAAGCCAGAAUAAAUCUUUCCACCAUUCAAAGACGAGGAACUCGAAAAUUCAUAGUCAAUUUAAAUUAGUGUGUGACGAUAGCGGUGACUCCACUGAUUCAUUAAACUCAAACUCUGAUGAAGAGUCUGAUUAGAAGGAGACGCCCAUUUCACUUGGAGGAGCUAAGAUACUGAAUGUCAGAAUUCAUUAAUAAAUUAAAUCAAUUGUU